GGGCGCCUUUCCCAUUUGAAAUGCAACUUUGGGAGAAAUUUGUCGGCAAUUCGUUUGUAGAUUGCGCAACACGCGUUGAGGGAGGAAAUGGUUUCGGAAAGAAAGCUUAGUUUGCAGAAUGCCUUAUCGUCAAUUUCUGCCACCCUGACGCUGUCACUGCCAGAGGUUAAACUAGUGAAAGCAAUGAGAUUCCGCAGGUGAGGUCACCACCUAUCAUUCUAACAUGAACAGUGAAAAGAAAGUUCACAUUUUCCUUGGAGCACCAGCCAAUUUGACUCAGCAGAGAACAUCAACAAAAGAAGCGGUAGCUGAUGGCAGCUCCACGAAGUGGCUUCAAUGCCAGUUCUUGUAUGAUAACGGAUCUCUCAAAGCUAUUCCUAGGAAGUGCAGCAGCAAGGAGACACAGAAACAUUUCAAUUGCCAGAAAGCAACAUUACAGCUGGAAAAUCAAUCUGGACAGACUUCUACUUCAAAAAUUGAAGAAGGAAUUAUAGUUUUCAGUCAAGAAUGCACUUUUAAGAAUCUUGAUGCUUCCUUGUUAGAGCAGAGAACCAGCAAAUAUGAUGUUCCAUGUUAUAAAGACUUCAAUGCCAGAAAAAUAUCAAAACAGCACAGGAAAGAAUUGAGCAAUAGUAAAUUGUUGAAUUCAGAAGAGGGUCUGAAAAUAACUGAAGAACGUGAUUGUGGUUUCGUCAGUCCUGACUGCUCAGGCGAAAAUGUCAGGACAUCUUUGAAACCUGACAAUAGGAGCAGACAGAGUAAGAAAAAUGGGGCUGACAGUCAGGACCCACCUGGUAGAAUAACAGAGCAGAAUGCACUUUUGGAAGAAGAUUGUCCAAAGUUUCUCUGUGACUCUUUCUUGGAAUAUCUUCAGAAUACCUUUCCAGCUGAAGGGCAGGAUUCUUGUUUCAGAUGCAUAUCUGUAAAAGAAAAUUUAUCAACUGAUGCCGAGUUCCUCAGUGUGUUAACUGCCAGUAAAACUGCUAUUCUUUCACAGGUGUUUUCAGAGAGUCAGUUUAACACACAGGAUUUGUAUGAAAAUGUAAAAGGUAAACUGAAAACAAAAACAAAUGUCAAUGAGCUGUCCUGUCGGUCACUUACAUCUACUCAUAAUUUUAUUAGACAAUUUGGACAAAGUGCCAGUGAGACAAUGUAUAAGCAAGUUAACAGUUCUGAAAAUACCCCAGAACUUUUCAAUUUAUUUAGUGAUCAGCAACUGUCCACCAAUGAGUCUGUAAAUGGAAGGACAUUAAAAGGCUCAGUACAGUCUUUCAUUCCUUCCACUAAAUGGUCAAAUGAUGAUGUUGAGAUUAAUAUUGAACCAUACAGUGGAGGUCUCCUGUGUACUCAGGUUUCAGACAAUGCUGACUGGUCUUUAAAAAGAUCAAUGGAGGUUGCUAAGGAGCCUGAGGAGGUAAAGCAGGUGACACAAACAUCAAGAUCUCCAGUUUGUUUAGGUAGCAAUCCACCAUCAACUAAGAAAAUAAAGACAAUGGAUUCUGAGAAAAUAUCUGACCUUGGGCAGUAUCGGAAGGUAUGGAGAGAUCAAUGGCUAACACCUUGUAUUGGCUUUAUUGAAACAGAACGGCUUAAGAACUGCACUGAAAGAAAUAGGAAGUACAAUGUUUUGGUCACUGUACAGUUCCGCUGUCUCCUGAAGGAAAUACAGAUCAAAUCGGGAACAUUCGCUGGCUGUAGAGUCCCCAUAACAACUAUUUUGGUUACAGACCAAUCAGGAGUGGUCAAAAAAAUUACACUGUGGCGAGCUGCUGCUUUCUGGACACUUAGUGUCUUCCCUGGAGAUGUCUUACUAAUAACAGAUGUUGUUGUACAUUGCGACCAAUGGCAGGGAGAGGAGUUGUUGCAGUCCACCCCAAGGAGCAAAAUGAUCAAGAUGGGACCUUGCUUACAGAUUCAAAUAGCUCAAUGGUCCCAGACUGUGAACACAAUGAUAUUGAAGGAGCUAAUAGCAUACAUUUCAGCUCAGCACUCCUAUCUUUUGAUUGUGGAGCCCACAAACUCUCAGCGCCUAGAGUCCAUGCAAUAUGUGAACAUUAAUGAACUGCAACCAGGCAUGGUAGUACACGCGCGACUCAAAGUUGUCCUCAUUACUGUGAUGUCAGAGAGCACCUACACAUACCGUGGAAAGAAACAACAGAAGAUAGUGCUGAGUGUGGAGCAAGUCAAAGGUCACCCAAGCACCUUGACACUUUGGGGAAGUAAGAUUGCCUGGCACUCUCGGAUUCAAAAGAAAUUGGGUCAUGUUUGGGACUUCCGAGAUCUGCUUGUCUUUCAAAAUUCUAUCACUGGAGACCUAGAACUGCACUCCACACCUUGGUCAUCCUGCGAGUGCCUGUUUGAUGAUGAUGAAAGAGCCAUUGCAUUCAGGAACAAGUACCAAUCCAGUGACGCAGUAUCUGUUAAAGUAAUGGAUCUUUCCACUCUGCUACAUACCAGGUAUUCAGGAACUGUUCAAUUAAAGACCCACAUAGCAGCAAUGCAGUGGCAUAUCCAUUCCACCCAUAUCCCCUUGUUCAAAAUUGACGCCUUUACUCCAGUGGAGUCAGCCUUUGGCUCACUGAUCCAUCUUACAUACUCCGGCUGUGGAAGCUGUGGCUCUGAAUUGGGAGUUGAUGAAAAUGGUAUCUACCAGCAGUGCAUUCCAUGCCUACCAAAGAGCACUGUGCAAAUCUUUUACAGGCCCACAGUCCUUGUACUAACAGACCAAGAUUCCCAGAUUGAUGUUCUUAUCUCAUCCAAACUCAUGGAAAAGAUAUUUCUCAAUAUUCCUCCUGCUUCGCUGAGCAAACCCAUAGGUCCAUCUGAUAAUGUGACAUAUGGGAUGGUGGUAGCAGAUUUGUGCUGUUCAUUGUUUGCAGACCCUACUGACUGUUACACACUGACUUUGCAAAGCCAGUUUCAUCUGGAUGAAAACAGCAUCACCAUGAAUCAGGAAUUCUAUUUGUUGGAUUUCUGCCCUGACCAUUACCCUCUAAGCUUGUUGGAAACUGAAAGGUGAAUUUAUCAAUCCCAAGACUCCCAGGUGUGGUUGGGCUGCUAUGUAACAGGUGAUGUUGAUAUAGGGGAAUGCUAUUUAUUACUUUUCAUUUUCAGGGCAUGGACAUCAUUGGCAAAGGCAGCAUUUAUUUCUCAUCCAUAGUUUCUCUUGCACAGGUGUUGGUGGCCUUCAAACUCUACAAUUCGAGAUGAAGGUACUCCUACAGUGCAAAUUGGGAUCUUUGUAACUUGAAGGGAAACUUGGAAGUGAUGGUUUUUCCAUGCAUAUUCUGUAAUUUUCCAUAUAGGUUGUGGAGCUCACAGGUUCUGGAAUUGGCAGCUUACCCUCUGCAUCCUAUAGAUUGUGCAUGCAAGUGGAUCCUGAUAACAAAGAGAGUAAAUGCUACAACUCCACGGGUUUGAGAAAGGUUCCAAGCUUGACGCUGAAUCUACCCUUAAUGCUUGAGAUCUCAGAACAUAAAAGGGCAUCUCGUUUCUCCCAGAUUUCUAUAAUUGCGGAGAUGCCACCAUGUGGGAGUGCUGAUGACACUGUGGACAGCUAACUUGCUGCAUUUUCUCAUGGUAAGAGCAGACACGCUCCUGACAUUAUUGCUUUGUCAGCCAGCCCAAAAUUUUCUGUCCGUGCCAAGAUGUUGCAGUCUGAAGCUGGGUCAUCAUGUUCAGAGCUCUCAAUGGCAGGCAAGGGCACCUUGUAAUUGUCACAAAGCGAAUGCAUAAAGGUGUAUCGUUCAUUUUUGAUUGUACAGCUGGAUAUAUUCUUUGAUAAAGAUUUUAUAUAAAGGA